UUCUUUUGUAAAUUGUCCUAUCCAAGGUGGGGAACAUUGUGUAAAAACAUGAAGCAUAGCAAAAUAAAAAAUUAUCGACAGCGGUAUGUAAUCCAUAAAGCAAGUGUAGAUAACGAGAACCAGUACGUUCGAAAUUGUCAUGUAGAUAACGUUGAGUUACGGUUUUAUUGUUCGUUUACCUCUCUAUCACACUACAAGGAUUAACAAAUAAAAUGGCUUUAAAUGUCGAAGAAGUUAUUAACAAACUACUUACAGCGAAAACAAACAAAAGUAAAGGUGGGUUCUUGCCUGAAACAACAUUAAAGGCUUUGUGUUUGAAAUCAAGAGAAAUAUUGUUAUCACAACCAUCGUUAUUAGAAUUAGAAGCCCCGUUAAAUAUUGUAGGUGAUAUUCACGGACAAUAUGCAGAUCUGUUAGAUAUUUUUACACAAGGAGGUCUUCCACCGCAAUCAAAUUAUUUAUUUCUAGGAGAUUAUGUAGAUAGAGGAAAACAAUCGUUAGAAACAAUUUGCCUUUUAUUAGCGUAUAAAGUGAAAUACCCGGAAAAUUUUUUCCUUUUACGAGGAAACCACGAAUGCGCCUCAGUUUGUAGAAUCUACGGCUUUUUUGAUGAAUGUAAAAGACGAUACAAUAUCAAACUUUUUAAAACAUUCACCGACGUUUUCGAGUGUUUACCGUUCGCCGCGGUAAUUGACGACAAAAUAUUCGCUUGCCACGGGGGAUUAAGCCCUGAUUUAUUAGACGUUGGUCAAAUUGCAAAAAUAAGAAGACCGAUAGACAUCCCAAAUGAAGGUUUAUUAGCCGAUUUACUUUGGUCAGAUCCAACGCCCGACUUAGGUUGGAACUUAAACGAUAGAGGGGUUUCAUUUACUUUCGGGCCGGAUAUCGUUGCUAAAUUUUUGAAUAAACACGAUUUUGAUUUGAUCAUCAGAGCGCAUCAGGUAGUUGAAGAUGGUUAUGAAUUUUUCGCAUCAAGAAAAUUAGUUACAAUUUUCUCAGCACCUAAUUAUUGCGGUUUAUUCGAUAACGCUGGAGCUUUACUUUCGGUGAAUGAAGAAUUAUUAUGCACAUUUAAGGUUCUAAGACCGAAAAUAAAAAAAUAACUUAAUUAUUUAACAUUUUUUAAACUAUUACGUAUUCGCCUAUUUUUUUAAUUAUUAAUUAUUUUUUAUUUAUAAGGAUGUUUUGUUUGUGUAAAGUAAUAAGUUAUUACUUUCUCUUAUGAGGCUAAUCUUGAAUUGCAACAAAACGAUGAGAUAAAUUGCCAUUGUAGAGACACUCUAAGAACAAAAAAAAAUGUUAUAAUAUCGAUAUUAUUGUGAUAAUAAGGAGCUGUUAAUUAAUA